AUGACAGAUGGCUGCUCUGUUUUCACGAGAAUUUGGCGAGAUCUCCUACGUGAUGGAUGGACAGCGAAGCGGCCAUCGUUGCGCAGUUUGGACACCCGCAACCGCUACAUCCCACCGGGUGGUGGUGUUGCUGGGCAAGAAGGCCGAGACUUUUUUUAG